AAGAUGAACAUCAGUGAUAUAGAGAGAGCGAUUUUGCCCAGGACAAGCUAAUGAGAAUCUGUCAUCCGUUUUCAUGAAAAGAAAAGGAAAAUAGGAAGAGGGUUUCAGCAAGUCCUCCUCAUAGAGAGUCAUCACCUCCUUUAAUAGGAGUCCAGCAGGUGUGUUUCCCUUUCCCAGCUGCUGAGAGAGAGAGAGAAAGUGUGUAAAGGAGUGGAGAGUGAAGACUAGACACAGAAGAACUCUGCAGAGGAAAGCUGCUCGAGAGAGCUGAUAGACUGAGAUGUGGUAGCACCAGAUGUUGGAGGAUUUGGAGGAAAAAAAAUCAUUAAUGGUAAUUUUAGCAGAGAGUCUGAAAUGAUGGUAGAAUUGAGUAAACCCCACCCCCCAAAAAAGUUUCUCAAGCUUGGGACAGUUCUGCCAGCUUCACUUAUCAUUCUGGGCUGGGCUAAGUUCCCUCUCUCUUCACUAGUUCUCUUCUCUCUUUCGCCCUCUCCUUGCAUUUGAGUGUAAUGAGAGCCAUGCGGUGAGUUGUGGAUGAGAGACGUCAGAUUAAAGAAGAGUGAGAGGAGCAGGACAGAAAACACACUCACUGAGCUGCUGGGAGUUUCAGCGCUGCAUGCAAGAACGUAGAAUUGGAGUGCCGGGACUGGGGGCUGCGCUGCUCCAUUGCACUCUCUCUCUUUCUUUCUCUCUCUCUCUCUGUCUCUCUGUCCUCUGGGUCUAAACGUGCAGCAGAGGAAUUGCAGCGGCAGAUAUGAACCUCUCACUUCCCCAGACUUCACAAGCAUGUAGAACAUCAAGAUGGCAGAUGAACAUUCCAUCAUUAGGGAAAUAAAGAGAUAAGGAAGAGAGAAUAAUCCUGUGCUUUGAACUUCUGCUACCACAGGCCUAUUGAUUUUGACUGGAACACAAUGUGUUCAUGUCGCAGCCUGCACCGAUAAGGACCAGCGUGCUAAACUAUCCACACCGAAAUCAUGACUGAAGAGACUAAACAGCUCUUGGCUGCCAAAGAGCUGGAUAAUGAGUCCAAAAAACAGGAUAAGGGGGCUGUGGAGCAUAAAAGCUUAAAAAAGUCCCCUGAGCACUUUCACAAUGUGAGGCUGGAGCCACAGGCUGUGAACAAUCUUGCUAAGUUUGCAGAAAAAGAGAGAGACAACACGCAGCAACGUGAGGCUGUGAUUCGGCCACAGCAGGCUGGAAAGAUUGAUUUUAAGUCACUGCAGAAUCAUUCAUUCAAUAGCAACAGGACGUGGCCCAGUGGCAAGGACAGCCCUCAGUCGCCUAGUGGAAAGAGUCGCAAUAGAGACAAGAGUAAAAAGUCAGGAAAAGGAGAGCGUGGCAACCCGCAGCAGUUGUAUAGACUGAGUAUUACAAACCCACGCUCAAAUCCCACUAUUGGGAUAGCCUAUCCCCAGCAGAAAGUCUCACCUCCAAAGAAGAAUGAGUCCAGCAGGGGUCCUGUCUCAGGCAGCUACCGCUUCCAUGUACCAAGUAUUCCAGAGCGAGAGGCUGAACUGCAGCAGGAAGAACUACAGUUCAGAUGCUUCCAGGAGGGCUCGCCUAACCUUACUUCCCAAACCUAUACCUCACAGGCUGUUGGUGUCCCCUCUGGAGGACCUGCUCACCAAAAUCCACCACAACUGCUACAGAAGCCCAGCCCAAUCGAGAGCAAUAGCACACAACCUGCCAAUGAAACUUUAUUCCCUGACUUUCAACUGAGCGAAACCGACACAUGGCAGUCUUCAGAUAGGACUUUUAGAAACAAUAGUUUUAGUCUUAAUUCACAAAAGUCAAACAACCUUGUGGACUUGAACAAAUCCAAUGCUAGUUUUAUGCCCAUGCCAUUUCAGUACGGAUACCCAUUGUUAGAGGAGUCAGCCUCUGAUUCCUUUCCCUGUGAUCGAAAUGCACAAGAUUACAUUGAUGUUUCUCGUAAUUCAUUUUCCUUUCCAUCCUCUGCAGAGGGACAUGAGGCCAUGAAAAGUAAUGUACAGUUUGGUAAUGAUCAGGUAGAGGACAGGCAGUCCUACCAGUUACACCCUAAACCACCCCAGUACAUACAGACACAACAUAGUGUGUCAUCAUCUGUUCCUAGCAAUGAUGAGAGCUCAGUAUCAAACACUCACCAAUCAGAGCAGAGUAAAAGUGUUUCAGAUAAAUCUGAUUCUUUUAGUACAGUAGACAACAGGGACACAGGCUUUGCGGUAGUGGGCAAGAGAGGCUGCCAUCUUAAAAAUGGCACCACCAGCCAGAGAGUUCUUAUUCAAGGCAGUGUUCAUCAUAUUAGGAAUAUUGCACAAGGUUCCAGUUCCCAAAUACAUGUAAUUAGCCCUCCACAUAAUGGUAUUCACGUCAGCCCAGGGCCUCUUGAUAAAAGUGUAAGUAAACACCAUGUCAGGGUAUCACACCCAUGGGAAGGACCAAACAAAGCCUUUCCACCACCACUCAUAGACCAGACUUCUACACCUUACCCCUUUCAGUACCAAUCAGCACCAGAACAGAGACCAAACAGCAAUAAUGGCCAUAUGCCUUGGCAGCAGAUACGCUUCACAACUGCCAUGCCAAACCAAAACAGGACUGAUCUCUCCAGGCAACUGAGCAAUCAACAGCUUGCUUUUCUGAUAGGCCCAUCAGACUGGCAAGAUAAUAAGCCACACAAAAACAGCAACCAGAAAGAUUCUAAUAAUUUUCUCAACAAAAAUACAAAUGAGGGCUUCUCAAACCAAAGGCAGGACAGUAUCAAGCAAGGCUGCAACACAAUUCCACCCUGUCAUUUUACAAACAAGGCAGAUACAAAUCAAGGUCAGGUGGUUGAUGCCAAGAAUAAGUCAUUAUACUUUGGUAUUAACCACUCAGUGCCAGUGACAUCAUCAAGAAACUGUAGCUACCCUCCGUUACAUGUAGCACCCUUAGGACUGAAAAUGGUGUCACCAUAUGACUCUCCUUCACAUUCGCCUACUCAAAAUCCAGCAUCUAGCAGUACAUGUUCAUCACUCUCCCCAGCCUCCACAAACUCUGUCAACAGUAACUCUGAUGACAGCCAGAGUUCAAAGGUUCUGUCCCCUCAGUUUUAUCAGCAGCAACAGGAUAAGGCAUUGAUAUCAUCUAGUAGCAUGAACACCAACCAGCAUCACUACCAUCCAGAAGCAUCCAGAGGCUUGCACUAUGAACAAGAAAAAACCAAAGAGAACAUUGCAAGUUUCAUGCCACAUAACAGGCAUUCAAAGUCCAACAUGGACAAUGGUAAAGGUUGUCUGGAGACCUACAGAACAGAAAACCAUCCCCCACCUCCAUAUUCUGCCCACCAACUCGCCACUUCAUUAGUCUCAGCAAACCUUGACCAACUGGAUGUGCUUUUGACAUGCAAGCAAUGUGAUCAGAAUUUUAAUAACCUUGUCUCCUUUCUUGACCAUAAGCAAUACUGUGGACAGCAUACAUUUGCACAAAAUGAUUUUAAAGAUGUGCCAAAAGUGGAAGACAUAAGGAAGUUUCAGACGGACCAGACAAAAGCCAUGUCAUCUGGAUCCAGUUACACAGUUUUGCGGAGCUCUUCAGAUUUGCAUCUGUCUCUGCUUGGACUAAACAAGAAUGGGGAAAUAGUGCCAGAUAAUGAAACCAAAGGAGAUAUAAAAGAUGAUCCAAUGAAACUGAUGCUACCGUCUGCACCCCUGCCAGAUUUAGAAAUGGAAGAUCCCAAAUUGGAUAGCCUUAUCACCGAGGCUUUGAAUGGACUAGGCUAUCAGUCAGACAAUGCAGAGAUUGACAGCAGCUUUAUUGAUGCAUUUGUUGAUGAUGAUCUCACCACUACUAAAUGCACAUCAACAAGACAGACUUUGACUACCAAAGACUGCACAACAUUUGAAGGUAGAACAAACAAUGAAGCAACAUCCAGUGAGGGAUCUCAAGCUCACAGCAAAUAUCCUUUUGAGUCAGACUUAGACAGCCUUAGUUCAGACAGCAAACUCACAGACAGCUCUUUCAAAGAAAACCAACAUGAGUUGAUACAGAAGGAAGUCCUCAAAGCAGAAACCUCUUCAACAGAGUCCCAGUCACAGGAGUCGAACUGCACACAAAUUGAUUGGGAAACAAGAAAGUCAGAGCAAAGAGAAGAGGAAAAUGAUUACAGUUCUAAGUUUCUUCUAUCAAGGAAGUUUUCUGCAAGAUGUGGACUUAAAAGCUUGCAGAGUAGCACAGCAUUAGUUAAAACAACAUCCACCUGUGCCAGUAAAAGUCCAACAGCUCAGAAACCAGUACCAACAGAAGGAAAAAGGAAGAGGACAGGUGGUGGAAGUUGGAGUAAAGAGCUUAUUCACAAAAUUGUUCAACAAAAGAACAAGUUGCAUAAACUCCAUGUGAAGGGCACCAAAAACAUGCAGUUUUCACUUGUGAUGGAGAGAGUUACUCCUGCAGUGCAGAACCCUACUUUCAGGGAGUAUGAUUAUGUUUCUGACUCAGAUGACGACUGUGAGCCUGUGAAGAUAGCCAGUCAGGGACGUCUCAGCCAGAGCAUUCGUUGCAAGUACACAUACACUAAAGAGUGCAAGGGGAGGAUUCGUGCUGACAAGAGCCGGGAAAGUUCAUGGAAACAAAACGGAAAUGAGUGCUUUGAUCCCAAGAAAGCUUUGGAUGUCUCUCCAUCCUUGAUGAAAGACAACCCUGGCCACCAAAGGCUCAGAAGACGGAGCAGUAGGUCUUCCACAAGCAGUGAACUGAGCACAUCAAUAAGUAUAUGCAGCGACAGCAUUGGCAGCCCGAAAAGUACUGAUCAAACAGAUUCUGACUCUGAGAAACGAACAGAAGUACAGAGAAAAGAUCAAGACUCUCUUGCACAGAAUGCAUAUGAAGAAUCACCAGCAAGGAUACGGAAAGAGUCUAGUACAUCACUGGCUUUGACCUUCACAAAAAAUACAAAAAGGUACAGCACUGAUAAGAUACUACUCACCGAGCACAAGGAUCGGUUCACUACUUCAAAAUGUUCAAGCAUUAUCUGUAAGACUGAAGAGACCGCAUCAGAGCAUACAAUGACUAAAAGUACUGUAAGCCUUGCCAGAUUCAAAACCACCAGAGUGGAAAUAGAGGAAAAAGGGGACCACUACGGUUUUGAGGCAGGAAUUCUUGCAACCACAGAAGAGCCAUUCAAAAAAGAUUACCCAAAAAAUAUCACAUCACCAAGAGGGUCUGGUAUAAAACCAAAUCCAGUGGAAACCACCAACAAUAGAGAUUCUAGCCAUGUUUUAAAACUACAAAAAGAUGCUGUCACAUCAAAGGAUAAAUCCCACAAGAAAACAACAAGUAGUUCUGAAUUUUCAGCACCCUUUUUUGAGAAAGCCUGCAAUGACAGCAUAUCAAAUGAUGAAGCCAGCAGAAGCUCAAAUGAUCUGUUCCCUGACCCUGCACCUCUUUGCAGUUCACUUGUGGACAAAGUCUGUUUAUCACCUUCAAAAGUCCACGAUGCUACAGCACAAAAGAAUGGACAAUGUCUCAUUCCCUAUUCUUCAGAACAUGACCAGAGUCUAAUAAAGUCACCCCUUUCUUUUGACACAACGUCAAUGUUUGGUGACCUUUCAGUGGGAGGUUUUGAGAACAAUCUUUAUCCAGAUAUUCAGCUUGCCAAAGAGAGCUUUAGUCCUCUGGAAACCACAACAGAUAAAAAGGAACUAUUUGAGUCAUCAUUCUCACCAUUCUUAGAGCAAAGAGACUGGAAUCUGAUGGUUGAUGUUACUCCUGUGCUACCAGAUGAGAUUUCUCAGUACAAAGAGGACUCAGACUCAAAUGAGAAUAAGACCAAUUUUAACCAUGUCCCAUUUGCUUUACCAGAGAAAUUAAUGGACUACAAUCCAAAUCUCAACAGUAGCGUGUCAGUUGAUGAUCUGGAAAUAAAAAGGAUAGUUACAGAGCUUGAGAGUCAGCUGCAAACAGCCAAGCUCAGCAGCCCUCCACCAUUAGACAGUGAGCUGCCAAAACCGUUAACCAUGAGCAAAUUCUCUCCACUGAGACUUGACCCUGACAGUGAAGAAGAGGAUAGUAGCUUAGAGAUGAACUGUUCCUCAGAGAAUCUGCAAAUUGCCAGACAAGUAGACUCACAAUCAGAGCUGUUCUCAGAACCUGACUUACCAUGGUCUAGUCCGCUCCCAUUUGGAUUGAUGUGUGGACAGCAAGGUCUUCACACGCCAAUGCAUCCCUCUACUACCAACACACCAACUGAUUCAGAACAUGACCAUUUGGAUGCAAAGGAUGGCAUGGGGCUCACCGUUUUGAACACAGAAAACGGUUCACCUACACAUCUAAAGGGCAAAACAGAGAAGAAUGACUGCUUAGACAAGUCAGAAGAGAUGCUUGAACAUGAAAUUUACACAGAAAAUCUGAUGAAGAGCUUGGAAGUGAUCUCAGAUUCUUUGUCUUCAGGUUUUACAUCACCUCAGUCAUCUCCUAAUCAAGAGAGUGUGGUUCCUGAGGAACAUGACAAACAAGACCAUGAACACUCUAAACAAAAAGAGUCUGAGCAUAUGGAAUCUAGAAACACAGAAGCAGAGCUCACAAAGUUCUCGGUGGAGACAAGCACAUUUAACACAAGCACAGCUAAAUUAGAAGAGACAACCAGUGACAUUUCUGGGUCAGGCAACAGAACAAAAGUCAGCCUAAAUGAGACUAGUAAUGACACUCUUCACAAUGAAUUAGUAGCUAAUGAACAACAGCUUGCUGAGAGUUCCUUUGAGAGUCCACAAACUACAUACUGCAUGAACUCAAAAGAAAUCGACUCAAAGAAACCUGAGUGUGAUACACAGUUUGGUAUUAAAGACUCAAAUUAUGCUAUCCAAAAUCCAGACUUCUCCAAAAUAUUCCACUUCUCAGCAUCCCCCACCAUACCAAAAGAUGACAACAUCCUGUGUGUGGGAAAAACACAGAAAUUUGAUGAAGAUUCAGCUCUAAUUGCAAAUCCAGAAUUAAUUUCUGAAGACAAUGGACAUGCAUCUGACAAAACAGGUGGAACAACAGACUGUCUGUCUAAGACAGACAUCCAACAGCCCAUUUCAAACAUCAAGUCUCCUCAUUGUGAAGACCACUUAUCAACCCAUUCACAAUUAAAUAAUACACAACAGGUGGUUUCUCCUAAACAUCUUCCCGUAGCUCAAGAUGAUCAUGAAUGCACAGCCAAUGUGGAGAGAGCAAUGCCUGAUAUGACAUUGUUUUCUGAGCAAUCAGAAUGUGGAGCGAAUCAACAAAAGAACACAGAGCAGAGUUCUAAGCUUCUUAUUUUGAAUCAAGCACCAGAGUUUUCCUACAACUCUAUCCAAAGUCCAUCUGAGCUGAAAGAUAAUGGUCCACUACCAAGUACAGUUACCCCAGCACUGAGUAAAAACAGACCAGUCCUGGAAGACAAGAACUCAGAUCAAAUAAAUAUUGGCAAGUCACAUAUUUUUGAUCCAGCAACAACAGAAUUAGAUCAUUCAUUUAAUCCCCAUCUGGAUUUAGUAGAAAUCACAGAGAGUAACAUUUCUAGCCCUGGAACACUGUUGACUGUGGACAAAAUCUCAAAACAACCUUUUUCUGAGAAUUCUGGGGCAUUGGAUGACUCUCAAGAUACAGGUGCACUGUAUGAUUUGAAACUCAGCCCCCUAAACUACAAUGAAACAAGUUUCAGUGACUACAACUUCACCUCUAAAUGUUUAAACAAAGAACAGCCUGAUGUAAAAUCAAACUCCACAGACAGUUACAUUCUCAAUGUCUGUGCCUUUUCUCUUGAUGAGCCAUCAUCAUCCGCCCCAACAUAUAAUGCAAAUGAACAAGAGCCAAAUAUUCAGGGCCACUUGACUGGACUUGAUAUACCCGAAACCUCUAUAAAUAACAACGACAAUGAUAUAAAAUAUUCCUGCAGUAAUUAUGUUGAGGAAGGCCGCAGAAUUGACUCUGAACAAGUCUUAAAACUUAACCAAACUGACAUGAAUGGUAGUCACCUUCCACCUGAAACUGUUGAUUACAUGGAUUUGCACCUCAAAUUUCACAAGAAAGCAGAUUCUGCAAAGCUACACCACCAGAUGAUCAGCAGUGAAAAUGAUACAAUGCAGAGGUCAACAAUGUUAGACAUCAAGGAGAUACCUAAUCCUCUGAUACACUAUGCAAAAGCAGCAUCCAUGGGUCUUACAUUCACAUCUGUCCAAAAUGAAGGACCAAGUCCAAAUGAGAAAAAAACAUCUCCAAAAAAAGGUGGUACACAGAAUGCAGUUCAAGGAAAAUUUCAGUGUGAAAUAUGUGCAAUGUUCUUUCGCACACAACCUGGACUUAAAAGACAUAAAGCCAUGAAGCAUGUAGUAAAGACUGAAGGAAUUUCUCCCAUUGAAAAUCUAAAUAUGAGCAGUCAAAUGUUCAUGCCCAUUUUAAUGCCACACCCAACUGAAAAAGCACUGAAAGGUUGCAUGGAUGUUAUAAGUCCAGGAGUUCUUUCACAUUCAAACAGAAGUGAAAUCUCAGAUGGACAAGGACAGCAAGCAGAUCCACAUUUGAUCUUUCAAGGGAUUCCAAGUGAUUCUGAUGUGUCAACGAUCCCAGAAAGUUGUAAUAUUGAUCAGACGACAACUCUAAAUGAAAAAGCAAAUAACAGGAACACCACUGUGGACAUGAGCAGUGAAAUGUUUGCUCCAAAACUGGUAAAGCAAGACACUUUUUCAGAUGAAAUACUCAGCACUCUUAAAACAGAUAUAUUGCAGGCUAUCUCUCCAGAUUUUGCCUCAAUGGUACAACAAAACUGUCCUAAGUCACCUGAAAAACAGGUACCAAAUAGCAGUCACAGCUAUCAUGAAGUCGGUGUGAGGGAGGAACAUAAGAGCAUGGUAGUAACUAUCAGCUGUGAAGAGCAAAAGGAAGAAACAUCUUCUUCCAUAGGGCAUUCUAUAUUGCAUAAGAAAGGAGACACAUAUGAUAUUGAAGAUGUUGUGACAAAGUAUUGUGCUAUUACCCCAAAAUAUGUUCAGACAGAAGAUGUCCACUAUCCACUUGGGGAUUCUUCUGUGGCCAUCAAGUGUGAGAACAUCUGUUCUCCUGCAGAAGACAGUCAUCCACUUACUGGUACUUUAGGAAUAGGACCUGAUCUCAAGGCUUUCUUUGAUGACGAAAGCACUUUUUCUCAAUUAUUCCCAAGAAAUGAUGACAGGAAAAGAAAGAAAUGUGCAAGGGUCUAUGGCAAAAGCAACAAAAAGCAAAAACUGUCCUGUUUAAUUUUAGACUGCCCUCCUACUGGUGCCUUUAUUGAUAAGGAUGAGGAGUCUAAAGAAAAUAAGUUUAGCAGUGUCACAAAUGACCCUUGUGAAUACGAAACCAUUGAGAUAACUCCCAAAAGCUUAUUAAACUCUUCUAAAGAGAAUGCAUGUCAUUCAAAAGAUGACCUAAUGGAUGACCUAAAGCUACAAGCCGGUUACGAGGAAAAUGUAGAAACUGGCAUAAAAGUAUUUUUAUGGGAAAAAGAGGGCACAAUUAGACAGCCCUUAGAGCAUCAGGAUGAUUCGCAUGACUGCAUUGUGCCAGAGAACACAUUUCCUCUGGAAGAUUGUAAAUCAGUGGUUCCUGCUACAGCCGGCCCUCUCCAAAUGGUCUGUGUUCAAGAAAAUGGCUCUUGUUCGCCAAGCAAUGAGGUACCAAACUUUAACACGACAAUUCAGCUUCCUGUACCAUUUUUUGAGCCUGAGAGAGAGAUGACUUUGGUUGAGACUAUUACAAGCACAGAACAGAAGGGCCCUGAAAGACUUUGCAAAAAGCCUGUGGAGCGGAAAUGUAGGAAACGCAUUGAACCUGGACUCAAACCUAAGCAUAAGCAGUACAAAUGCAAAGUGUGCUUCACAUGGUUUCUCACCUUAGGUGAGCUCGACUUCCACAAGCUCUCUCACAAUCCAUCACCUCCCCCAACUUGCUAUAUGUGUGUCCAACGCAAGUUUAGCUCACGGGAACAACUUAGGGACCAUCUCAGGGAGAAACACGCCAAAAACAAAGCAGGUGUUUGGGCUUGUGGCAUGUGCUUGAAAGAAAUUUCAGAUGUCUGGAUGUACAAUGAACACUUGCGUGAGCAUGCCACACAGUUUGCACGCAGGGGCCAGUCUCAGAGCUCCCUUUUGGACAUGCCUGGGUGUUUCAUGCAGGAAAAUGCUGUGAAGAACUUCAUAUCUUCAAUAAUGCAGCAUCGACCCAUCAGAGCUACAAAAGGAGACAACCUUAAAUCAUCAUCUAAGGAAGAGAAACAAACUUCUUUAGAUGUUAAUGGACAAGAGUUGAAGUCUUCAGAGGAGUUUGAUUCCACAAGUCUGAAGACUAAAACAAGUAUUGGGGGCGGAAGUAAACACUGUGCGCUGACCACACUUGAGGUUCUACCUAAAGCAGAGACGCCUUCCAAAAAUGCUGAAAUGCAUCCUAAUUGCAAAGACCCUUCAAGGGACUGUCACCACUGUGGCAAGCAGUUUCCAAAACCCUUUAAGCUCCAGCGUCACUUAGUGGUUCACAGCUUGCAAAAGAUUUUCCUUUGUCACAAAUGUCCAGUGUCCUACCAAGAGGCAAAGGAGCUUAAAGAUCACCUUAAAAAUGAUCAUGAGGAGACAGAUGAGCCAGACUCAAAACAUACCACACUGUAUACUUGUGAACUCUGUGCCGAUGUCAUGCAUGUAAUUAAGAAGUCCUUCAUCUGCAGUACCUGCAACUACACGUUUUCCAAAAAGGAACAGUUUGAUCGUCACAUGGAGAAACACCUUGCUGGAGGGAACAAGAUCUUCAAAUUCAGGGGAGUCAUGAGACCUUGCAAGCAUUUUAAUUCAAAAGAUGAUAUAUCUGAUAUUCCACCAAGCAAGAAAAGGAAGGCAACGGAGAGCAGCUUAGACAUGACAGCAUCACACAUGCAAGGCAUCACAUCAGUGUUGCCAAUCAUAGAAGACACUGCACAGAAUAGCGUGGAGGACCAUUCUACUGAAACACACAAUGCCAGUGUGAAAACUGAAGAUGUAGCUGAGGACUUCCCUGAAGUUGCCAAGGACAUUAUAGAGUGUACAGUGCAAACAGAUUCUGCAGAACAGAGUCUUUCAUCAACAGAGCUGAAGGAAGAGGAUGAAAGCUCUUCUCCAUCUCAUAAAAUCCAAGCAGAUGAGCCCAGGGAAAUCUGUGCAAUUGACAAAGAAGCUCUGACAGAGAUUUGUGACGUUAAAAUAGAAGAUGACUGUUGCACAAUUCCAACAACAUUGUUAGAUUCAGAGAUUAACACUGACAUAAUUUCCAGACAAAACGAAUACAGGGUGGAGAUGAACCCUUCAGCAAGCCUUGAAAAUGCAAGUAAACAAGAGGAAAUAACAGACUCAAGUGUAUGCACCAUUCAAGUAUGCGGUCAAACAGACGUAAGUUUAUCAAAGCAAGACAUGCAAGGUCUCUCAUCUUGCAGUGACUUUGAACUCUCAUCUGUGAAGCAGUCUUUAAAUGAGACAAGCAACUUGAAGCAGGAUCAAACAAUUGAGACUUUAUUAUACACUCAUGACAGUGAACAGCCAACUGCUGGCCAGGCUAAGCACAUAACUAUGGUCAAAUCUGAGGAAACUUUGAAACAUAGUCUUGAAAAUAACCCAAGGUGUCUUAGUAUCACUGAUUCUGCACGUCACAACAACAUCUCUAAAACAUGUGAAGAAAAGGACUCGACCAAACAACAAAAGAAGAGGAAAGAACUUAAGACACCUCACAGCUCUCAGAGAACACCAUCUCCAACUGCAAGGGAAAAUUUGGGCAUUGACCCAAGAGUCAAAAAGAAGUUCAGACCUAGCAGGUGUGAAAAUAUUGAUGGUCAAAGGAAAACCGAUCUUCCCAAUGACUAUCCAGUGCUUACAUCAGUAAAGGAUGACACAGUCAGCAACAAAAUAAUCUCCAAGCAUAAAAUAGGAUCUUCUAAUCUGGGUCUUCACCUAAAAAAAGGUUCUGUAGAUUUCACACAAAACAAGGUUGAGAUUGUACGUCACUUCAACGGAGAUUGCAAAGGGAAAAAGAGCAUUCCAAGGAGACCCAUCCAUUCCCCUUCUUCCAGGGUCUCAAACCUGAACAAUUCAUUUAAUAAAUCACGGUCCAAGCCAGGUGUCAGAUCCAUAGAGACUCACUCAUAUCGUACUGCAGAGUCACAAAACAACCUCCUCAGCCAGCUGUUUGGCCAAAGACUAACUAGUUUUAAAAUUCCUUUAAGGAAGGACACUUCUGAAUCUAUUAAUUAAGGAUUAAAUGGAUGCUAUUAACAAGGAGGUAAUUAAAUGAUCCACUAGGCAUGUUAUUAAGGCAGUUUAUUCAUGAGACUAGGAUUGUAUGCCCCUCCUCUGUGAAAUCAUUUAACUCCUUGUUUGGUCACUUUAUUGCAUUCCUCUUGUAAAUGUGUAUUUACAUGUAUGUGAAGACCAACAAAAAAUGUAUGAAUAUAGGAUGAAUUUGUUGGUUACAACUUAGUUUAUUUUCUCUAUUUUAUAGUGGAGCAUUAUCCCUAAGAGAGUGUAUUUCAUCAACAACAAAGAAAGGUUUUUGGAAAAUAAUUUACUUGAAAUUGAACUGAGAAUAUUUGAGUUCCAAAUAAUGCAUGACACUUUUACAUUACAUGUUCUUAGAUGUUUUCCUAACAACAGGACCAAAAGACAUCCUAAGUCUGGAUCAUGUCAAUGUGCCUAUUUUAUAUGCUUCAGAGAAUUACUCUUUCAUACUCUUUUACUUUACUGUAUUGCGAAGACAAUCAUAAGUAUUAGCUUUUGUAUCACUAAUUGGUGCUAUUUUAUUAUUAUUAUUAUUAUUAUUUGUGUAAUGUGAACACAAAGUCUUAUAACUGAAGGGAACAUGUAGCAAUUACAGUCAUCAUUGCUGGUACUCAACAGUUUUAGAGUAAAUGACACAAAAAUACUGUGCAAGAUCAAUCAAAAAGAAAGGGUUCACUUGUGUCUUAAUUUGAUGUGUUCAGAGGAGGGCACGGGAAAAGCCUUUUCCAAAACUGAAUUUAGUUUAAUUUCAUCUAUAAUAUGAACUCAGGUGCUAUUAUUGCGCAUGAAACCCUUAGGAAUUAUUCCCAUGCACUGAUGUUACCAUACAAAAACCCCACACAUGAUCUAUAAUGUCCCCCAGUUCUUUAAUUAUUACUAUUUACUAGAACAAAAGGUGCUUUGUCAUGUUUAUAUGUAUCUUAUAUUGUAUAAUAUUGUAGGUUGAUCUAUUCCAGUGCAAUGCAUAAUUUCAAAGUUCUAUUUUAAUAAUGUGCAAAAGAUGAAGAGAAAAAGGAAAAUACAAAGCCUACUGAAGGCUUAUGAGUGGAUCACAAAGUGCAUCAUAUAAACUUGGUUAUUAAAAAAAGUAUUUGCAUUAAA